GGUUUGGUUUUGAAUUGUCAUUGUUAUAGAAAUUUUAACCUGACCUGGCAACCCUGUGCUUAUCAUAAAUCCCAUUCGAGGAAGUAUCGGUCAGUAUUUACGGGCCGUUUUGAUGCGGAGCAUCAACCAAAGAAAUAUUUAAUAGUUGCAUAGAUCUCCAUGCACCAUGAGGAGUGCUGAAGUAAAUAAAUUGAAAGUGAAUGAGCUGAAAGAGGAGCUGCGUCGGCGAGCCCUGGACACCAAGGGGCUGAAGGCUGACCUGGUGGAGCGGCUCAAGGCGGCUCUGGAGGCUGCGGAGUCCGGGGGUGCUGCGAGGGGGGCACCGGAGCAGGACCAUGCAACACCGGAGGAGGAGCAGGGAGAUGAGGGAUUCUCAGCCGGGUUGUUGGGGGAUGAAGGAUUCCCGAACGAAGAUUCUCUAGACUUUGGUGCAGGAGGGGCCGCCGAGGAGGAGAGCAGGGGGAUGGAGAGAGAAGUGUCGUCUGAUUCUGAUCUGGGCUUCAGCAUGCCUGACUUCACUGCAGACGUCCCUCUUCCUCUUCCUGUCCCUGUUCACAAGGCAGAGGAGACCCCUGAGUACCACGAGACCCAACCAGCCCUGGCAGAGCAUGAGCAUCAUGGGCAGCAUGAGAGGAAGCGAGAGUAUGAAGGGAAGGUGGAGGCGGAGAAAGAGGAGGAGGAGAAAAACGAGGAAGAGCAGCCAGGGGUGGGGCCAACUGACAUGGAGGAGCAGAAGGUGGAGCAGGAGGCGGAGCAAACCAAGAUGGAGGAGGGAGACCGGCAGGAGGGAGACCGGCAGGAGGGGGACCGGCAGGAGGGGGACCGGCAGGAGGGGGACCGGCAGGAGGGGGACCGGCAGGAGGGGGACCGGCAGGAGGGGGACCGGCAGGAGGGAGACCGGCAGGAGGGAGACCGGCAGGGACGCAAGAGACCGUAUGAUGAGGGCCGGGGCUAUGGCUACUCUGAGCACCGUGAGGACAAGAGGUCCCGGUCGCCCCAGCCCCCUGCUGAAGAGGAGGAGGAGGACUUUGAUGACACUCUGGUGGCUCUGGACACAUAUAACUGUGACCUGCACUUCAAGGUGUCUCGUGACGGCUACAGUGGCUAUCCUCUGACCCUCGAGGGCUUUGCCUACCUCUGGGCCGGAGCUAGAGCAUCCUACGGAGUCAGCAAAGGAAAAGUCUGCUACGAGAUGAAGAUCUUUGAGGAGAUAGCUGUGAAGCACCUCCCCUCCUCUGAGCCUGAUCCCCAUGUGGUCCGGAUAGGAUGGUCCCUGGACUCCUGCAGCACACAACUGGGUGAGGAAGCGUUUUCGUUUGGGUACGGAGGAACAGGAAAGAAAUCCUCUGACUGUAAGUUUGAAGACUACGGAGAGAAGUUUGGAGAGAAUGAUGUCAUCGGCUGUUUCAUUGACUUUGACGCUAGCGAAGAAGAGGUGGAGAUGGCGUUCUCUAAGAACGGGGUGUGGCUAGACGUGGGGUUCCGGGCGUCGAGGGAGGAGCUGGCGGGGCGCCCCCUGUUCCCCCAUGUCCUUGUCAAGAACUGUUCCAUCGAGUUUAACUUUGGCCAGAAGGAGGAGCCCUUCCACCCCCCUCCGGAGGGGUACAGCUUCAUCCAAACUCUUGGUAUUGAGGACAGGACCAGGGGGGCUGUAGGACCGGCAAGCAAGGCUGGCUGUGAGAUCCUCAUGAUGGUGGGUCUGCCAGCCUGUGGCAAGUCCACCUGGGCCUCAAAACAUGCCGAGAGUCACCCAGAGAAGAAAUACAACAUCCUGGGAACUAACGCUAUCAUGGAGAAGAUGAAGGUGAUGGGUCUGCGUCGUCAGAAGAACUACGCUGGUCGUUGGGACGUUCUGAUCCAACAGGCCACUCAGUGUCUCAACCGCCUCAUCCAGAUCGCUGCACGCAAGAGACGCAACUACAUCCUGGACCAGACAAAUGUAUAUGGAUCAGCCCAGAGACGAAAAAUGCGUCCUUUUGAAGGGUUUCAGCGCAAGGCUAUUGUAAUAUGUCCCACGGAGGAGGACUUUAAAGCGAGAACGUUAAGACAAACUGAUGAACAGGGGAAGGAUGUGCCAGAUCAGGCUGUGUUAGAAAUGAAAGCCAACUUCUUGCUCCCUGAGCCCAGUGACUUCCUGGAGGAGGUGGUUUUUGUGGAGCUGCAGCGGGACGAGGCUUACAAGCUGGUGAAGGAAUACAACGAGGAGGGGCGCAAGGCCGGCCCACCCCCCGACAAACGCUAUGACAACCGGCCGGGAGAGUUCCGUGGCAACGGCGGAGGCUACCAGCGCAAUGAGGACCGUGGCGGGCCUCGCGGCGGCGGUGGAUACCAGAGCAGAGACGCAGGCGGAAACAGAAGGGGUAAGGAAGGAGCAGACUCCUCCCCAGGCAACAACCGUGGCGGCUACAACGGCAACCGCUGGGGUGGGAACGGUAACUACCGUGAGGGGGGGUCGGCCCCUAGGGGAGGGUACAACCGCAACCAACAGUCAGGAGGCUACAACCGCCCGGUGCCCUACAACAAGGGGGGAUACAACCAGAGCUACAACCCCAGCAGCUAUAAUCAAGGCAACUACCAACAGGGUUACAACUACGGCAGCUACAGUCAGUACCCAGGAUACAGCCAAACUCAGAGUUACAGCGAGACUACACCAGCCGCUGCAGGACAGACCUACAGCCAACAGCAGAACUACAACCAGCAGUACCAGCAGUAUGCCCAGCAGUGGCAGCAGUACUACCAGAACCAGUCUCAGUGGAACCAGUACUACGGACAGUAUGGGGACUAUGCCGCCCAGGGGCAGGGUCAACAAGGUCAGGGUUCACAGGGGCAGGGAGGUCAGGGGGCAUCAGGUUCCUCCCAGUAACCUCUGACCUCUAACCUCUACAGCAGGGGUGGACAACAGGUGGGCCCAAAAAAAAAUGGGCCCACCAAAUAUAUAUAUAUAUAUUUUUUUUUGAUCUAAAAAGAAUAAUAUCACCAGGAAUUCUGCUAAAAAUGAGUUUCAUUUAGGAAUUGUGUUCACCAAGUAUUCCCACAAAUAACAAAAGAGAAGUGAUCGUGUCUCAAUGUAAUCAAGGUAUGAAAUGAUUGUU